AUGCUCUCGUCCUCUUCCCACACCCCGUCAUCCAAACGUCGCCGCGAUACAGAUGAUUCCUCCACUUCUACUCCACCGGUCUUUAAAGCCCCACGAACAUCUCAACGCCGCCGUGAGAUCGAUCUGACCAGCGAUGCCGGUAUUGACUUGACUGAAGACAUCGAGUCACAUGUCGAUUUGACCAGAGAAUCCGGACCUGUCCCCCAGAUCGACUUGACAGGAUACUCCGGCUCGGCCCAUAUGUCUCAAGCGCUAGAAAUGCAGCAUAGAGCAGCACAGCAAGCUAAAGAAGCCGCCGCCAAAGCAGACGCAAAACUCCAUAAACAUCGCAAACUUCCGACUGAAGAAGGGCGGACCAUCCUGACUGCCUACAAGUGCCCAGUGUGCAUGGAUACUCCAGAAAACGCGACGAGCACUUCAUGCGGUCAUCUCUUUUGUCACAAAUGCAUAAGUGAAUGCGUCAAGAUGAGCGAGCAGGUCAGAAUGGAUGGCUCGAAGCCGAAGCCUGCCUGCCCAGUGUGCCGGAAAACGCUUACGAUCAAGGUGGGAAAGAAUGGAACGUCGAGCCUGGUUCUACUGAACCUGAAGUUGCUGUGCAACAAAAGGUUUUCUUCCGCAGAUGUCGCUGUGGAAUAG